UGCCGAAUCAUCCUGGAAAACAGUGUACGGUAGUUGUUCGUAAUAUGUAGACCUGUGUUGUAAAUAUGUAGCUUAAUAUCUUCUCGAAAGUGUUAAGUGUCAUUCGUUGUGCUUUUUGUAUGUGUGUGUAAGGUAUAAAUUUUCAGUCAUUAAGGAUAACUUCGACGUGUACAAAAACAUGUAAUUAUUGAGCAAAUUACUAGGAAACGGGCAAAAGUGUGAAUUAAAAUUUGACAUUAAUGGUGCUAAUAUUCAAAGGUUGUGAACUAUAAGAAAUUCUGAGUUAUGGAGUAAUUUAGUACGUUCCUGAAGUGGAAUUGUACUUUAUUAAUUAUAUGUUUAUAGCUUAAAACAGUAUAAUUUAAUGUAAUUUAAAAAAAAAUGGCUACUGGACAUAAACUUGUAAAAGAAAUAACCGACCAAUUUUUACAUUGUAAAAUAUGCUACGAACCAUACAAGGAACCAAAAACGCUGACUUGCUUGCAUACUUUUUGUGCGGACUGUAUUCAAAAACAUGUUGAUUCUGACACGAACAGAAGUUCCAGAUUUUUACUUUACACUCGUUAUAUCACAUGUCCGUUGUGUCGAGCAAAGACGGAAAUCCCUUCAGGUGGCGUGCGCAGACUACAGGACAACUUUCUGUUGUCAAGUUUAACAGACGUUCUUGACCGGAAGCGAGUAGGAAAAUUCCCCCCAUGUGAGAUCUGUCCAGGAGAGCGACAAAGGGGGAACAACUACGCGAGUCACAAAUGCUUGGACUGCGCGAAAUUACUAUGCAAAACAUGCGUCAGUCUACACGCGACGACAAAAGUGACCCAACAUCACAGUUUAAUUGACAUUGAAGGCGAGAAGGACAUUGAAUGCAAGACGCAUCCAGAGGAAAUAGUCCGUUACUAUUGCGAGCCAUGUGACGAAUGUGUGUGUGUCGUCUGCACUUUUCAGGAGCACAGGGACCACGAGAUUUGCUCCUUUAGCGACGGGUUUUCGAAAUACAGGGAAGGUCUGGACAACCUGCUGACCCGAUGCAAGGAACGCUUGACCGAUGUCCAGUCCAGAGUGACCACAAUCAACAACGUAGAGACCGCGCUGAAGGAGACGCGAGAGAACAUUCGAGACCUUGCCAUAAGCUAUAUAGCGCAGGUGCGCCAGACAGAAAGACAGCUGAUGCAAAAGAUGGAACAGGAAUACGGUUCAAAGAUCGAAAGCUUCUUGCAGAACAAGGAGUCGCUGCAAGAAAACCUGGAGGGACUGCAAACGUCAUGCAACCUGGCGGAAAUCAUCAUGAACGACCGCGGGGUGGAGAUGCUACUUCUGAAACGCGAACUACAGAACAAGUUAUCGGCCCUUCUGGAAGCACCACUUCCCGACGUGCCCGAAGACAUCGCGCAGAGUAUCAAGUUCGUCCCCGGCAUUGUAAAAUUAGGCCAUAUAUCGAUGAACUCCGAAACUGAUGACGUCGAUGGGAACAAUGACGUCACCAUAGGCGGCAAACACGCGCUGCAAGAUGAAAACGAACAGCCUCGAAAGCGGCGAUGCCUUUUGCGCGAUGCACAGACGAAUACAACACCGAGGAACUCGCAAAUUGUUCCUGAUAUUAAAUUUGACUUUAGUAAGCUGAACGGCGAAUUAAGUUCAAAAUCUGACGUCAGUGUGAACACGAUAUGCGGGGGUGACGGUUCCGGGGUCUGUGUGAAGUGUUCGGCGGAACUGAAGAAAGAUUUCGGGUCCACCCACUCACUUCCGGUCGUCGACGGGACCGCGCCCGUGAUCCAAGAUAUCAUAAUAACAAACGACGGGAAGGAGCGUCGCCGACGACGGAGCUUUAUCAAAAGCCGACGAGUUCAAACGGACGUAUCGUUGUCGAACGAAAGCAUUGACGAGUUGUUUUCUCCUACAAGAAUGUCCAGCCAAGAAAGUCUAAACGGCUCUUUCCGAAAGUUAAGUCAGAACUCGCUGACGGCGGUUGCGGAAUGCGUUAUAACGGUCUCGACUGGAAGUGACCCUAUUGGGUUCCCGCCAGAAGAAAAGCCGGUACCGAAACCUCUUUUAGCAAUCCCUAGAACGUAUACGCGUAACAAGGGAGUUAAUACGACUGAGGAGAUACGAGUGGUGCGGGACAGCAGGUCUGUUCGAACCAAUACUAACGAAGUUGAUUAUCGGGAAUCUGCAACUAUGACAACGCCGAAUAUUCGCACAAUCGACUCACAGACACCUGAUAAGAUCUUAGUCCAUCAGGCGAUUGCCACUGAUUACACGGGACAGCGAAAUAAGCGCACAUCAACACCGAUCAUUAUUCAGGUCGACAGUUCCACGUUCAUGUCUCCUUUAUCGCAAGAAAACAAGUUCACUUGGACAGAGUCGGUGCAAACAACUGAACGAUCUAUUUGUACUGACAAUUCCGAGACCAUGGAAUCUACAACCGAGACUGUGCCGCCAUCGUUGUGUGAUCAAAGUUUCAAUAUCAAACCGGAAGUACAAACGGUACAAACUAAUACAGAUCCUGUGCAGUUUGCGGAUCAAUCAGAUCCCGUCUCGGCAGCGUCCAGUAAGAAAACGAAAGAACGGAAAAGCAAAACUAAGGAAAAAGAAAGCAAAGAGAAAAGUGGCGAAAAGAAAACGAAAGAAAAGAAAGAAAAACGUGCGAAAAAGAAGUAUAAAGAUUCGUGCAUUGAAACAGAACCGGUAAUCAGAAAUGUAAAGGAGACGUGGACUACGCAUGUGCAGACGAAGGAGUCGUGGUCAACGACUGUUUCCCUGCAGCUAGUCAAUACUGGUACAACUCCUGACAGGCCGGCAACAAGGGAAGCUGGUAUUGCAACAAAUCCCGUUGUUAAGGUGGAACAGGGGACAUACACGGAAGUUAUCAACCUACAAGACAACUCCUCAGAAACCGCCGUUAUAAUCUGCGACAACGAGACGUUAACGGAACGUAUAGGUCUUCAGGACGCGCAGACCAGCAUAGAUCUCUACACGCAGACGUCGGAAACGUUGACCGACAAUUGCUACCUCACGGACACUGGCUGCAUGACGGACUCGGAAUGGUUCUGGGACCUGGAGCGUGACGUCAACGUCGUUAAAUGUGACGUUUGCCAAGAGACGCGCGCUUUUGUAGAAACGUCAACAUCUCCUAUCGAGUGCAAAGAAUUUCAGAUCGCAAUGCAGAAUAAAAGUUUUAUGAGUACGCAUACACAGACAGUUAAGCGGAAGUUUUACGAUAAAUCCGUUGUGACGUCAUUCGAUUUCGAUGACGUUCCCGAUGGUAUGAAAGGAAUUCUGUGUACUGACGUCUCGACGUCAACGGAAAAUCUGCCGUAUAUCGGUCUUCUGAGCGAUAUGGACUGUGACGAAUUGAUAUUAGUUCCAGAAAUUGCAUUUGACGUCAUCAGUUCUGAAGCGGAAUACCGAAAAGCGUACGCGUUCUCAUUUCCGAACUCGAUGUGCGAUUCAAGUACGCAGACUAUAGUGUCGUCUGCAAUUGCGGGCUCGGAUCUGGAUCCUGCGACUUUAGAGAGUUUUCUUAAAGCGGCAGUGUCACACACGGUCACGAUAGGCGUUAACACUGAGCAGAAGUUAACAUUUGAAAAGGAAACAUGGACGCCAUCUUUACAUCAGUUAACGCAAGGAACCAAUACUUCGUCCAACACGGACAAAUCCGAUAAAUCGACGAGUACGGAAUCUUACGUACGUGCAAUUAAAGAAAGUUUUGUUGUCCAGUCGCCUAGAAUUGAAAGAUCUGCUGUAGAGAAAAUCGUAAAGAAUGAUAUGUCAACGGAAACGGACAACUCCCUUCUUGAUGACAAGAUGAUCGCGUGCAUUAACAAACUUAAAAUAGUCUCAGAAAGGUUAAACAGUCCUACAACUAAAAUGUUUGCGGAGUCAAUGCCGUGGGGUCGCCUUGAUGACGCAAGUGACGAAUCUCUCCUUAAGGAGUUAGACCGUGUGCCGGAGGCGGUACGAAAGAAAACUGUCAUGAAUCUCGUCGCAAAAUCAAAGGAAAUGACCAAAAGCAACGCACCUAAGACGGAGCCACUUCGAAGGAAAGUGCAGCCUAUUACGUCAUUAAAACCCAAACAAUCACAAGAGCGUGCAGUUGAGCCGGCAAAACAAAAGGAUGGAAACCUUGCAAUUCAGCGACAAGAUUCAAUCGAGUCCGUAUCGUCAACGACGUCGAGUAAGACCGGAAGUCAGACUCCAUUGAAUGAGAAAAAGCCGUCACCAAGCAACGGCAGAACGAAACAACUUCGGAGUAAUUCUACACCGGGCCGCAUUGCAACUGUUCCAAAUCAAACAGCUGGAAGAAAAUCUUCUCCUAGAGCAGCCCCUAAAACGACCCCGAAACCUGACCAAUCGAAAGAGCCCCCAGCAGGGACCAGUCCACCUCCUGGACCUGAUUUCUACUCAACAGUUCCCAAAACCCGCCACCCUAAGCAUGGCUUAGCAAGUAUAACAGAAAACCGGCACUCAGCGUCCGGCUCGACGUUGCUCGAUAAAUCGGCAUCUUCGUCCACGGAUAAAUCCCUUGACUUUUCGUCACUCAAGAUAAACGCUCCUCAAAGGGCGCCGUCUGCAUCCCCCACCCCGCCUCGCCAUGAGAUGCAACAAAAUGGCCGACUGUCACGGCAGGCCUCGGCGGCGAAUCCCCGCAUCGAGGUGCUCGCUUCCUCUGACGGUGAAUCAGAAACGCGCGCGAGGACCGGAAGUACUUCUUCUGAUCAGACCGACGAACCUUUACAAGAAAAGAAGGGUUUCAUUAAAAAGCUUUUCGGGUCAAAGAAGAAGAAAUCUACGGACAAACGCAACGCAUCUCCAAGCAAAUCUCCUAAACCGGGUCGCAAAGCGAUCGCUUCUACUCCUCAGCCGUCAGUACCAGAGGAGCCAACAGAAAAGGUCAAGGAAAAGCCAAAACCUUUCGUAUACAUGCGCUCGCGGAUUUUCUCCAUCGAAGAGAAGGACAAUGAGAAGUAUCACAAGCCUAUCGUGAACAAAUAUUGCAUUAAUAAGGACGAAGAAGAGAAACCACCAGUUUUCGAUUUUGCAGCGACUUUUACAAAGAAAAAAUAGCGCGUGUUUUAUUCAGAAGACCCCUCAAUCUCUUGCACGACGGUCACAUUAUGUAUGUGAGAGCAAGGAACGACAACUCUGCGUGGAGAUUGAAGACCCCUAUUAUAUCUAAUUAGUCAUGUUUUGAUGUAAUUUCAGUUUUUGACCUAGCAUGGGUUUACAAAGACACAUUAAUACAUUCUUCAAGAAAGAGCACGCAUUGGUUAGAAAUGUAAAUAAUUAAAAUAUAAUUCUUUUUGCCAUUUCAUCUUUGAACAAGUUUUGGGGAAACCUCUGUUUAUUUAACCAAUUAAUUUUAUUUUGAAGUUUGCACAGAAUAGAUCUUCGUAAAGUA